AUGAGUGCCGAACCACUAGAUGAAAAUCUUUCGCCUGAAGCCGAUAAAUCGGACGACGAAGAUGUCCAGGAGUAUAUCAGUUCAACCAUACGCUUUUUCGAGAACGUGAAACAAGUGCGCAGGACACCGUUUGAGCUUCCUGAAACAAUUACUCUUAUCGAAUGCGAAAACGGGACUAAAGUUUACUUAGUUAUCGAUCACACCCUGCCUGAUAUUGUACUUGUUGAACUCUGUCGCGGACGAGGGCAUUCAAUGAUGAUGGACGAAGAUGAGAUAAAAAAGCAGAUGAAAGAAAAUAGCAUUUUCACUUUCGUUAAGAAUCAGUCUAGGCUCGCGAGGGCUAAACCGCAAUCGGUCGUCGGCAGACCUCUGAUCUACGCUGAACCUGUUGACUCACCAGCCAUAAAUACUGAAGGCAGUGAGGCCAAAGAAGUCCUGGAAGCCAGCUUUCAUUAG